UCUGGUCCGUGAGCGAUGGGUUUGGCGGUGUCCGUGAACAAACUUCCCCUUGACGCAAAGAACAUCAUUGUCCCUGGAUUAACUUUCAGCCUGAGCAAAGAGGCAGGCUGUUUGGGCAGGGCGAUUAAACGCCGUGGUGCUACUGAGGCUGGUCGUUUCCUUCCUGCCCCGGGGGAGAGCCCAUGCUUCCGUGCAGUUGUUGGGUGCCUUUGGGAAGGGCUGCAGAGCCCGGUGUUACUGGGUGUAAAAAGGGAAAGAAAGGGGCGAUGCUAUGCGUGUGGAAGCAACAAAAAAUGGGGGAACAAUCUUCUGUGUCUGCCUUUAACACGUGUCUGCCUUCUUACUCUUCCUUUCUCCCUCAGAUGCGAGAGCUGCGUGGAGCUGCUGUUUGUAAGAGGGGCUGGGAACUGCCACGAGUGCGAUACCCCCCUGCGGAAAAGUAACUUCAGGGUACAGCUCUUUGAGGAUCCUGCUGUUGACAAGGAAGUGGAAAUCCGUAAGAAGGUGCUGAAAAUAUACAAUAAAAGAGAGGAUGACUUUCCCAGUCUAAGUGAAUAUAAUGAUUUCCUGGAAGAAAUAGAAGAAAUUGUUUUUAACUUGACUAACAAUGUGGAUUUGGAGAACACCAAAAAGAAAAUGGAGCUGUACCAGAAGGAUAACAAAGAAGUCAUUCAGAAAAACAAGAUAAAACUGACGCGGGAGCAGGAAGAGCUGGAGGAAGCUUUAGAGGUAGAACGACAAGAAAAUGAACAAAGGCGACUGCUUGUACAGAAAGAAGAACAAUUACAACAGAUGAUAAAAAGGAAGAAUAAACAGGCACUCUUGGAUGAACUGGAGAGCUCCAGCCUUCCUGCUUCGCUGCUUUUAGCUCAGCAUAAGGACAGAUCUACUCAGCUAGAAAUGCAACUGGAAAAACCCAAACCUGUCAAACCAGUCACGUUUUCCACUGGCAUCAAAAUGGGUCAGCAUAUUUCGUUAGCUCCCAUUCAAAAGCUAGAGGAAGCUCUGUACGAGUAUCAGCCUCUGCAAGUGGAGACACAUGGACCACAAGUUCCAGAGCUGGAAAUGCUGGGAAGGCUGGGAGCCAGAUUCAGCCUUCACCACCUGUUUGGAUGGAGCACAGCUGUGAGGGACCUCCAGGGCGAUGGGAGCCUUGGGGCCCUCUCAGCCCUAACCCUUCUUGCCAGAGAAACAAACAGCUUGGGGGGGGGGGGGGGGGGGCGGGAAGAUGGCUUGUACCAGGAGAGUUCCCAGCCUCUGUCCCUUUGCAUGUGUCCCUGUAAGGUGGUGAAAGAGUUAAGAGCAGCUGGGUGGCUGUGGCGGCAAGGGAAGGCAUUCGGUAAGGGGAGGCACGCGGUGCCCACCGGAAGAGUUCUGCUGAGUCCUGAGGCUGUUUGCAAUUCCAAAACAAAUACAUCGAUGCUGUGGGUUCCCAGCUGGUACGACUCUAACCCUAUUCCAUUGGGUGUCUGAAAUACCUUAGACCAUGCAAGGCUAUUCAUUUAUAUAUAUUUGUGUUUCUGUGUUUAUAUGAACUCAUGCGCAUUUCCUGUUGAUGAAUGCUUAACUAAUGUGCUUUGGUCCCUGGUUUGGGGUUUUUUCAGGCAGCUGCAUACGGCUGCCUGAGUGAGGCAGAAGAGCUGGGCACAACGUUAACCACUCCCGCUAAAGAUUUUCAGUUUCCUCUUAAUUUGGACUCGUAUAAAGACAGGUUACAUCUAAAAGAA